AUGAUGCCAUCUGCUAUAGGUAUAGACUUAGGAACUGGAAAUACUUGUGUUGGCGUAUACUUAAAUGGAAGCGUUCAUAUUCUCGAAAAUGAACAAUGCUUCAGGAUUACGCCAAGUUUCGUGGCAUUUACAAAUAGAGGACGACUAAUUGGGCAAUCUGCUAGAGCUCAGUCACCAAUGAACCCGGAAAAUACCAUUUCCAGUAUCAAGAGAUUAAUGGGUAGGAGAUAUGACUGUCAACAUGUACAACAGGACAUCAAAAUGUGGCCGUUCAAAGUGUUGAAUGACAAUGAGAAACCAAGAAUUGAGGUUACUUAUAAAAAUGAGAAGAAAAUAUUUGAUCCGGAAGAAAUAAGUGCUAUGAUUCUAAGCAAAAUGAAGGAAAUUGCCCAGAUUUACCUUGGAACUCAAAUUACAAGUGCUGUUAUUACAGUUCCUGCUUAUUUUAAUGAUGCCCAAAGACAAGCAACAAAAGAUGCGGGUAUCAUAGCUGGAUUUGAAGUUCUCCGGAUUUUAAAUGAGCCAAUCGCGGCUGCUAUUGCAUAUGGUUUGCAUAAAGAUAUCGAAGAAGAAAAGACAGUAUUUUUGUUAGAUAUGGGGAGUGGCACUUUAGAUGUAUCUGUUUUAAAUAUAAAACAAGGUCCUGAAUUUGAAGUCAAGGCUACAGUAGGAGACACUCAUUUCGGUGGAGUAGAUAUAGACAAUAGACUUGUAACACAUUUUGUUGAAAUUUUCAAACGAGAGCAUAACAGAGAUUUGAGAGAUUGUUUGCGUGCAAUCAUGCGACUCAAUUUAGCAUGUAGCGAAGCUAAGAUCACCUUAAGUACAGCGAAAGAGACCAGUAUAGAAAUUGAUUCUCUUUUCGAUAACAUUGAUUUUAAGUCGAAACUUACAAGAUCAGAAUUCGAGGAGAUAUGUCAGCCACUCUUUUGUCAAAUUAAGAAACAUCUUGAACAUGCACUGCUAGAAGCAAAAAAAGAAAAGGCUGACAUCCAGGACAUUGUUUUGGUAGGUGGCUGCACCAGAAUUCCAAAAGUUCGCAGCAUAAUUCAGGAUUUUUUUGAGAGAGAUGAUUUUUGCUCUUUUAUCAAUCCCGACGAAGCGGUUGCAGUAGGAGCAGCAGUAGAAGCUGCUAUACUUUCUGGCGAAACUGAUGAAAGAAUUGCAGGUGUCCUACUCAGGAAUGUGACACCUUUGUCUAUUGGUAUAGAAACUUCAGGAGGUGUAAUGUACAAAGUAAUAGAAAAAAAUACUUCUAUUCCAUGUAGUAUAACACAUACAUUUACCACUUACACGGAUAAUCAACCAGGUGUUACCAUUCAAGUCUUCGAAGGCGAGAGUUCUAUGACAAAAGACAAUAACCUUUUAGGACAGUUUGAUUUGUUCGGCAUUCCCCCUCUUCCCAAAGGUGUACCGCAAAUUGAGGUGACAUUCGAAAUUGAUUUCGACGGUCUUCUAACAAUCUCUGCUGUUGAAAAGGAUACCAUGAAAGGGAAAAGUGUGAAAAUUAGAACCCAGAAAGGAGGGUUACUGCCUCAAGAAAUUGAACAGAAAGUUAAAGAAGCUAAAAAGUUUGAAAAAGAAGACAAUGUUAGAAAAGAAAGCAUUUUAGAACUCAAUGCACUGCAAGCUUAUCUGUAUUCCAUUCGAGAAACCUGUGCAAAUACAUCAUCUGAGGAUUUGUCAGAGGAGGAGAAAGAAUCUGUUCAAAGCAUCUGUAAUGAUAUCCUUCAAUGGCUAGAUGAAAAUCCUUUCGCGUUGACAGAGGAAGUAACAGAAAAGAAGAUGAAUGCAAUCCGACUUCUUGAACCGUUUCUAGAUACAUUAUCCAAAAGCAAAGGCAGCUAACUCUGAUGUUCCAAUAAAAAAUGAAUCGAAUGAUUUUAACUGCGAACUUGAAUAGUUACUUUGGUUGGUCAGUUGGGAGCUAUGAGGCUGACUUUAAUAAUUAUUGUUGACAUCUAGACAUUAUUGGCGACAGGUUUUUCUCUUUAAAUUUUCAAGCUAUCUAUCUUAUUUUAUUGAUCAUCAGCUUUAUAAUUAUCACCAAAUAUAUAUUUCGCCAAAAAAAUUGCCAAACUUUCCAGAGAUCAAAUUUAAUGAAUAUAUUAACUUAUUAGACUUUUGUGUUUAUAAAUAUUUCAACAGAAGUUAAGUUUUUAUUUUCAGCAAACCGACUUCUGGAAUUCUUAAAUAGA